GGAAAAAGUAAAUGGGAAGCAACGACGACUGAAGUCAUCUCCCUCCGUUCUCCACCUCUGAAGUUGAUCGGAACUAAGGUUUUUGAUUACUUUCUGUGUUGAAAGGUUUUGAUUCCUCCCUGAAGUCAAGAAGAUUCGUGUUUCUUACAUGUCUUCCAGCUCAAAUCUUCUGUCUUUAGGACCUAUGAAGCUUUAGGUUCAUGUUGAAGUGAUUUGAAGACAUACCACAUACCACGAGACUAGAAAAGAUUCUUGAGGGACCAAAGUUCGAUAUGCUCGCUGUUAACAACCACAACAAUUACGAUGCAUUCACCCAAGACUUUUACCAAAAGCUCGGUGAAGAAGGUACAAACAUGUCCACGGACAGUAUGCAAACAAGUAACGCAGGAGGCUCCGUAUCAAUGUCUGUAGACAACAGCAGCGUUGGUUCUAGUGACGCUCUUAUCAACCACCCUGGUUUAAAGCCUAUGCGUCAUCCUUACUCUCUCUCCGUUGGACAAAGCGUGUUUCGUCCCGGGAGAGUCACGCAUGCGCUUAACGAUGAUGCAUUAGCACAAGCGUUGAUGGAUGGUAACUACCCAACUCAGGGACUUGCUAACUAUGAAGAGUGGACUAUAGAUUUGAGGAAGCUUCACAUGGGUCCAGCUUUUGCGCAAGGAGCGUUUGGUAAGUUAUACAGAGGGACUUAUAAAGGAGAAGAUGUAGCGAUUAAGUUGCUAGAGAGGCCAGAGAAUAGCCCUGAGAAGGCACAAGCUCUAGAACAGCAGUUUCAGCAGGAGGUUUCUAUGCUGGCCUUUCUGAAACACUCGAACAUUGUUAGGUUUAUUGGCGCGUGUGUUAAACCGAUGGUGUGGUGCAUUGUGACUGAAUAUGCGAAAGGAGGUUCUGUGAGACAGUUUUUGACUAAGAGACAGAACCGAGCUGUGCCUUUGAAGCUGGCUGUUAAGCAGGCGUUGGAUGUUGCUAGAGGUAUGGCUUACGUCCAUGAACGUAAUUUUAUACACAGGGAUUUGAAGUCGGAUAACCUCCUCAUAUCAGCUGAUAGGUCUAUCAAGAUUGCUGAUUUUGGUGUUGCGAGAAUUGAAGUUCAAACUGAAGGGAUGACACCUGAGACCGGGACUUACAGAUGGAUGGCACCAGAGAUGAUCCAGCAUAGACCUUACACUCAAAAAGUGGAUGUCUAUAGUUUUGGAAUCGUGCUGUGGGAGUUGAUAACGGGUCUGUUACCGUUUCAGAACAUGACUGCGGUUCAAGCUGCGUUUGCUGUGGUGAACAGAGGAGUUCGUCCAACGGUCCCAGCUGAUUGUCUCCCUGUGCUUGGUGAGAUCAUGACACGUUGCUGGGAUGCGAACCCUGAAGUCCGUCCUUGUUUUGCAGAGGUUGUCACUCUUCUUGAGGCUGCUGAAACUGAGAUAAUGACUACUGCGAGAAAAGCACGUUUCAGAUGUUGCAUGACGCAGCCAAUGACAAUCGACUAGUCUGUUGUGUGGAGAAAGAGAGAGGAGAAGAAGAAAUAACAAAGGAGAGAACUUAAAAGAAGAAAACAGUGUGAGGAAGCAAGAAGAGCUUAAGUUUGUGUGUGUGUCAAUAUAUAUAAAAUGUCAGAUUGUAUCUCUUUUCCCAAUAUAGGAGAAGUAACCCAACCAUUUUAGACUACUGAUUUUCUAGAUUUUGUAUGUACUGUGACUGUCUGAAGUGUUUGGUUUAGUUUUCCUUGAAUUCAUGGUUCAUUGCUAUCAGAGUAGCAUCUAAUGUGUGAUGAAUCCAGUGGUGAUGGAUGCCUUAUUCUAUCUCUUCUACUCUUUUAAAUUCAGGUGUCAAUAAGUUCUCUGUUAAGCAUUAUGCCUGACAUGAGAAAUGAUGAUUAUA